AUGAAGUUCAAUGAAAAUACAAAAUGGGUACAAGAUGCUACGACGGUUGCUGGAGGCAAACGAUGGGGUACUGAUUUAGGUUCUCUCAAUUUUCCAUCUGGUAUAUGUGUAGAUGAUGAUGAAACUGUUUAUAUAGCUGAUUACUCAAAUAAUCGUGUUGUAGAAUGGAAAAAAGAUGCAACGAGUGGAAAAGUUAUUGCUGGUGAUGGUGAUCAAAGAAAUCGAGCUGAUCGAUUACGUCAUCCAAAAGAUGUGAUUUUUGACAAAACUACCGAUAGUUUUAUAAUUGCCGAUGAAGGAAACAGACGAGUAGUGCGAUGUCCACGUCAAAUUGAUGCAAGUAUGGAAACAAUAAUUUCAAACAUUGAUCCUUCCGAUCUAGCAAUGGAUAGUGAUGGAAAUCUCUAUGUUUGUGACUUUGAGAAGCAUGAAGUAAAACGAUGGAAAAUAGGUGAUACUGUUGGAACGGUUGUAGCAGGUGGCAAUGGAAAAGGUGUUCAUCUUCAUCAGCUCAGUCAUCCUACCUGUAUUUUCGUUGACAACGAACAAUCAGUAUAUGUUUCAGAUUGGGGCGCUCAUCGGAUUGUAAAAUGGACGAAAGAUGCAAAAAAGGGUAUUCUUAUUGCGGGUGGUGAUGGUUUUAGUAGAGAUCCGAUGGCUUUGGCAGAUCCUUUUGGAGUAUUUGUUGAUGAUUUAGGCACUGUCUAUGCUGCAGACUGGAAAAAACAUCGUAUAGUGCGUUGGCUUAAAGGAGAUACACAAGGUAGUGUCGUUGUUGGUGAAGGUAACGAUGGUAAUGCAUCAAAUCAAUUCUGUCAUCCUAUGGAUAUAGCAUUUGAUAAAUAUGGCAAUCUCUAUGUUAGCGAUUAUAGUAACCAUCGAGUACAAAAAUUCACUAUACAUUCAAACAACAUUGAAUAA